GGAUAGUGGGGACCGUCGUUGAAACGAAUGACACUACGGCUUGCACCAGGUUGAAGCAGUACUUGGGAGGGAGAGAGGGGAUAUGCUCAGGUUGCGAUUUGGAGACAGACCCAAGAGAAUUUCCCGGAUGCCAUCAUCUAGGGAGACUCCAUCCAGGGCGGGCCGCCCAGUCCAGCGCCCAGAGCCCAGCCCUCCAGAGCCAGAGCCCCGGGCUCCCGAAGUGUCCCAGACCGGAGGAGAAGGGUCCCCCAGUCCCGAGGCAUCAAGGAGCCCUGCACGGGGAGCCUACCUGCAAAGUCUGGAACCCAGCAGCCGAAGAUGGGUGCUAGGUGGGGCGAAGCCAGCUGAGGACACAUCUUUAGGGCCUGGGGCACCUGGCAGUGGGGAGCCCGCUGGUGAGAUCUGGUACAAUCCUAUCCCUGAAGAAGACCCCAAACUUCCAGCAUCUGAGCCCCCUGGGCCACAGCCAGAUUCAGCUGAGCCAGAGGGCCCAGCCCCCCAAGGUGCAGCCCCGGCCAGCCCCCCAACCAAAGCGUCCCGCACCAAGUCCCCAGGCCCUGCCAGGCGCCUCUCCAUCAAGAUGAAGAAACUGCCAGAGCUGCGGCGCCGCCUGAGCCUGCGAGGCCCCCGAGCUGGCCGGGAGCGAGAGAGGGCGGCCCCUGCGGGCUCAGUCAUCAGCCGCUACCACCUAGACAGCAGCGUGGGGGGCCCUGGGCGGACAGCAGGGCCCGGGGGCACCCAGAGCCCGAGGAUUGGUUACCUCAGCGAUGGGGACUCACCGGAGCGUCCAGCUGGGCCCCCGUCGCCCACCUCCUUCCGGCCCUACGAGGUGGGUCCCACAGCCCGGGCGCCCCCGGCCGCACUCUGGGGCCGCCUCAGCCUGCACCUGUACGGUCUCAGGGGGCUGCGGCCAGCACCAGGGGCCACCCCCAGAGACCUCUGCUGCCUACUGCAAGUGGAUGGGGAGGCCCGGGCCCGAACGGGGCCACUGCGAGGGGGGCCGGACUUCCUGAGGCUGGACCACACCUUCCACCUGGAGCUGGAGGCUGCUCGGCUCCUGCGGGCCCUGGUGCUUGCAUGGGACCCCGGCGUGAGAAGGCACCGGCCCUGCGCCCAGGGCACCGUGCUGCUGCCCACGGUCUUCCGAGGGUGCCAGGCCCAACAGCUGGCCGUGCGCCUAGAGCCCCAGGGACUGCUGUAUGCCAAGCUGACCCUGUCGGAGCAGCAGGAAGCCCCUGUCACAGCUGAGCCCCGCGUCUUCGGGUUGCCCCUGCCACUGCUGGUGGAGCGGGAGCGGCCACCUGGCCAGGUGCCCCUUAUCAUCCAGAAGUGCGUUGGACAAAUCGAGCGCCGAGGGCUACGGGUAGUGGGACUGUACCGUCUCUGCGGCUCAGCGGCAGUGAAGAAAGAGCUUCGGGAUGCCUUUGAGCGGGACAGUGCAGCAGUCUGCCUAUCUGAGGACCUCUACCCCGAUAUCAAUGUCAUCACUGAAGCCAGCGGUGCCCUGACCAGAGGGGACCCUGUGUUCACAGGCAUCCUCAAGGAUUAUCUACGAGAGUUGCCCACCCCACUCAUCACCCAGCCCUUGUAUCAGGUGGUGCUGGAAGCCAUGGCCCGUGACCCCCCAAACAGAGCUCCCCCCACCACUGACGGCACCCGAGGUCUCCUCAGCUGCCUGCCAGAUGUGGAAAGGGCCACGCUGACGCUUCUCCUGGACCACCUGCGCCUCGUCUCUUCCUUCCAUGCCUACAACCGCAUGACCCCGCAGAACCUGGCCGUGUGCUUCGGGCCUGUGCUGCUGCCGGCACGCCAGGCGCCCACACGGUCUCGUGCCCGCAGCUCUGGCCCAGGCCUCACCAGUGCAGUGGAUUUCAAGCGCCACAUCGAGGUGCUGCACUACCUGCUGCAGUCUUGGCCAGAUCCCCACCUGCCCCCAGAAGCUCCAGAUGUCGCACCGUACUUGCGGCCCAAACGGCAGCCACCUCUGCACUUGCCGCUGGCAGAUCCCGAAGUCGUGUCUCGGCCCCGGGGCCGAGGAGGCCCUGAGAGCCCCCCAAGCAACCGCUAUGCCGGCGACUGGAGCGUUUGCGGGCGGGACUUCCUGCCAUGUGGGCGGGACUUCCUGUCCGGGCCGGACUACGACCACGUGACGGGUAGUGACAGCGAGGACGAGGACGAGGAGGCCGGCGAGCCGAGGAUCACUGCGGACUUCGAAGACGACUUCGAUGCGCCCUUCAACCCGCACCUGAAUCUCAAAGACUUCGACGCCCUCAUCCUGGAUCUGGAGAGGGAGCUCUCCAAGCAGAUCAAUGUGUGCCUCUGAGCCAGAGGACGGGGUGGGGCCCUGGUUACUAAGGACCGGGUGCCCAGUUGCUAAGGCGGUGCCCUGGUGACCGAGAAGAGCCAGACCUGUUGCUCAGGUGGAGCUCCUGGUUGCCAGGGAGUUACCGCGGGACCAGUCUCGUGCAUGGCCGAGAGUCAUUGCUGGUUUCCAGGGCCCAGUAUUUGGACACUAGUUGCAAAGUCUGGGGACUGGGGAUUUUAGGGACCAGAGGUGUGACCAUCUUUCCUAAGCACCAAGGAAAACCUUUUUUGUUGCCAAAAAAGGCAGUUCUUGCGCUUGCUAGGCUGGCCUCUCUUGCCUCCCCUUGGCUGGGGAAACACCAGUUGCAGUGAGCAUCACCCUGGCAUGGUGAGCCACCUCUAGUGGGUCCUCUUGCUGCUGCCAACCAAAUCAGUAUUAGCUUUGAGCACUGCACUCUGUUUCUCCCUCCCUUGGACGACCCAAGGACUAGCAUGAGGCACUGUUUGUGGGGGGCAGCCCCUAUCCUGGGUUCCAGCAGGGAUACGGGGGCAGCCUGGGACUUAAGAGAAACAGGUGGUUUCCCCCACCCUUUUUCCAAAAAGACCCCACGAUUGGCCUCUAGUCGGCAAAUGGAGAUAACACAGUCUGGCCUUUCCCAUCCCCAUCCCCCUGUCCCCACCCGUGAAAAACAUUGAGCACUUAAGCCCCUCCCUUUUGGAGGGGGCCCCCCUGAAGUGUCAGGCUGGGGGCAGUCUGGUACGGAACAUAUUUAUUGCCUCCGUGCAUAUGUGUGUGUGUCUGUGAGGACUGGUGUGCGUGGACACGUCUGGAGCAGGCGUGUGGGGCUCUUUCAGGGACCAUGGAGGAGGGAGCAGUUUGCAGUGCCCAGCCAUCCUGAAAUCCCCAGUAAUGGUGCCUCAGUGGGCCCGAGUUCCACUGGGAGGGUAUGGUUCCCUCCUGUCUCCCUCUUCUUUUCCGCACCUCCAUCUUUGUGGAUAAUAAAUCAAUAUGCACAGGUCCU